GCUUCUUCCGGGUGGGGCCCCGGGCAGAGGCGAUGGCGCCGUGGGCGCUCCUCAGGCCUGGGGUCCUGGUGCGGACCGGGCACACCGUGCUGACCUGGGGGAUCACGCUGGUGCUCUUCCUGCAUGAUACCGCGCUGCGGCAGUGGGAAGAGCAGGGGGAGCUGCUCCUGCCCCUCACCUUCCUGCUCUUGGUACUGGGCUCCCUGCUGCUUUACCUGGCUGUGUCACUCAUGGACCCGGGAUACGUGAAUGUCCUGCCCCAGCCCCAGGAGGCGGCCAAGGAAGAGCAGACAGCCAUGGUUCCUCAGGCCAUCCCUCUUCGGCGCUGCAGAUACUGCAUGGUGCUGCAACCCCUGCGGGCCCAUCACUGCCGUGAGUGCCGUCGUUGUGUCCGCCGAUACGACCACCACUGCCCCUGGAUGGAGAACUGCGUGGGGGAGCGCAAUCACCCACUCUUUGUGGCCUACCUGGCGCUGCAGCUGGUGGUGCUUCUGUGGGGCCUGUACCUGGCAUGGUGGGUUCCCCCAGCGCCCUGGGUCUGGCCUCCGCUUCUUCCGGCCUUGGGGGCUCUGGCUGCGGUCCAGUGGGCUCCUGUUUGCCACCUUCCUGCUGCUGUCGCUCUUCUCCCUAGUGGCCAGCCUGCUCUUGGCCUCGCACCUCUACCUGGUGGCCAGCAACACCACCACCUGGGAGUUCAUCUCCUCACACCGCAUCGCCUACCUCCGCCAGCGCCCCGGCAACCCCUUCGACCGCGGCCUGACCCGCAACCUGGCCCACUUCUUCUGUGGAUGGCCCUCGGGGUCCUGGGAGACCCUCUGGGCUGAGGAGGAGGAAGGCAGUAGCCAGGAUGUUUAGGGUUGCUAGAGGCCGGGCCACCAUCUUGUGCCUGAAAACCAGAGGGGCUGCACCUGGGGGCGUCAGCCCUCUGAGGGCCUGGACCUCCUCACUGUUGCCCACUCUUCCUAGGCCUCAGAGUGGAGCUGAAGGACAGAACCCUGCCUCAAAGGCAGAAGAGGAGGAAGAGGACCCAUGGGGGGCUCGGGCACCAAGGACCUGGGUUGUGGAGACUUCCACCCUCCCCACCCCAAGCCAGGCUGCCUCCAGUGCACAGUUUUAUAAAUUUAAUAAUCCAUAAAGCAAGUCAAGUAUUCAAAAAACAA